AUGAAGACCGAGAUCGAGACAGAGACCGAGUGCACGGACAGCAUCCUCUGUUCGAACAACAACAAUAACAGCACCAACAACAACAACGUGCCAAGCAUAAAGAAGGCUGGCGCCAAUAUUAGAAACAAUGACAGUCACGAUGGGAUGGAAAUGGACUGCGGUGGUUGCGGGGAAAGUGUUCGUGAGCGAACUGUCCUCUGUGUAGGAGGACGUACCUGGCAUUCCAGGUGUUUGAAGUGCUGUGCUUGCGCGAGACCCUUGCACGAUCAGCACUCAUGCUUCCUUCGGGGGAUGCGGCUCUACUGUAGGCACGACUACGCCUUAACUUUUGGCGCAAAGUGUGCGAAAUGUGGGCGAAGCGUGGGUGCUGGGGAUUGGGUGAGGAGAGCCAGAGAAAGGGUUUAUCACUUGGCUUGCUUUGCCUGCGACGCCUGUUCCCGUCAGCUAUCCACGGGGGAGCAAUUCGCCCUGCUGGACGCCAGGUUGCUCUGCAAGGCUCACUAUCUAGAUGUCGUCGAGGGAAACAAUACCUCGUCCUCGGAGGAUUGCGAUUCCGAGCACGGUGGCAAGGGCAGCAAGACGAAGAGAGUGAGGACAACCUUCACCGAGGAGCAACUAUCCGUUCUGCAGGCGAACUUUCAAUUGGACAGUAACCCCGACGGCCAGGAUCUCGAGAGGAUAGCUCAUGUCACGGGGCUCAGCAAAAGGGUCACGCAAGUCUGGUUUCAGAACUCGAGGGCCAGGCAGAAGAAGCACAGCGGCAAAAUCAAGUCGCAAAUGCACCAUUCGCCACCGAUGCAGCAUCAUCCAGGAGACCUGUAUCCUUCUGGAGUGAGCAUGGUGGGCGCCUAUUUGGGUGGGUAUCAAGGUGGUAGUGCUGGAAGCGAAAGUCCUGGCAGCCCAAUGACACCUCUUACCCCCUUGACCCCCCUAACCCCAACAACGCCUAAUCAUCUUCAAACCCAAUUCUGCCAUCAGGCAGGGUAA